CGCGUCCUCGUCAGGUCCCCUCAGUCCCCUCAGAGCCCCCCGCCCCGGCCCCGCGGCGGGAUGGGGGACGACACCAGCCCCCUCAGCGUGAUCCUCGUGAGCUCGGGGAGCAGGGGCAAUAAGCUGCUGUUCAGGUACCCCUUCCAGAGGAGCCGGGAGCACCCCGCGGCCCAGACAAAUAAGCCUCGUAGCAGAUACGCUGUCAACAACACCGGAGACCAUGCUGAUGACCAGGAUGGUGACGCCAGCGAGCCAUGUCCUCCAACCGAUGAGCAAUUGGUUGCAGGGUUUUCAGAUGUCAUUCUGGCAACAAUUUUGGCAACCAAGUCUGAAAUGUGUGGCCAGAAAUUUGAACUGAAGAUCGAUAAUGUGCGGUUUGUUGGGCACCCGACACUGCUGCAGCAUGCUCUGGGGCAGGUCUCAAAAACAGAUCCAUCCCCGAAGAGGGAAGCUCCCACCAUGAUUCUUUUUAAUGUGGUGUUUGCGCUGAGGGCCAAUGCAGACCCGUCGGUGAUAAGCUGUCUGCACAACCUUUCCCGACGCAUCGCCACCGUGCUGCAGCACGAGGAGCGCCGCUGCCAGUACCUGACUCGGGAGGCCAAGCUGAUCCUGGCGCUGCAGGACGAGGUGUCUGCCAUGGCUGAUGCAAAUGGCGGUCCUCAGUCCCCAUUCCAUCACAUCCUGCCCAAGUGCAAGCUGGCCAGGGACCUCAAGGAAGCCUACGACAGCCUGUGCACCUCGGGCGUGGUGCGGCUCCACAUCAACAGCUGGCUGGAGGUGAGCUUCUGCCUGCCGCACAAGAUCCACUAUGCUGCUGCCAGCCUCAUCCCCCCCGGGGCCAUCGAGCGCAGUCUGAAAGCCAUCCGCCCUUACCACGCCCUGCUGCUGCUCAGUGACGAGAAGGCCCUACUGGGCGAGCUCCCGCUAGACUGCUCUCCGGCCCUGGUGCGCGUGAUCAAGACCACGUCUGCUGUGAAGAACCUGCAGCAGCUGGCCCAGGAUGCAGACCUGGCCUUGCUGCAGGUUUUCCAGCUUGCGGCUCACCUGGUGUACUGGGGCAAGGCCAUCAUCAUCUACCCGCUGUGUGAGAACAACGUCUACAUGCUUUCUCCCAAUGCCAGCGUGUGUCUGUACUCUCCGCUGGCUGAGCAGUUCUCCCGCCAGUUUCCGUCUCACGACCUGCCAUCUGUCCUUGCCAAGUUCUCCUUGCCCGUCUCCUUGUCAGAAUUUAGGAACCCCCUCGGCCCCCCUGUGCAGGAGACCCAGCUCAUCCAGAUGGUGGUGUGGAUGCUGCAGCGCCGGCUCCUUGUCCAGCUGCACACCUAUGUCUGCCUGAUGGCCUCACCUGGCGAGGACGAGCCCCGCCCUUGGGAGGACGACGUCCCCUUCACCACCAGGGUUGGCGGCCGCAGCCUCAGCACACCCAACGCCCUCAGCUUUGGUUCCCCAACCAGCAGUGACGACAUGACCCUCACUAGCCCCAGCAUGGACAACUCCAGUGCAGAGCUGCUCCCCAGUGGGGACUCACCGCUGAACAAGAGGAUGACAGAGAACCUGCUGGCUAGCCUGUCGGAGCACGAGCGGGCGGCCAUCCUCAGUGUGCCCGCAGCCCAGAACCCAGAGGACCUCCGCAUGUUUGCCAGGCUCCUGCACUACUUCCGCGGCCGCCACCACUUGGAGGAGAUAAUGUACAACGAGAACACGCGACGCUCCCAGCUGCUCAUGCUCUUUGACAAGUUCCGCAGUGUGCUGGUGGUGACCACCCAUGAGGACCCGGUCAUCGCCGUCUUCCAGGCACUGCUCAUGUGAGCCUGGGCCGAGGAUGCAGAGGCAGGCUGCUGCAGUGGGUGGGAGCGCUGGCCUCUGCCCAGCCUAGGGCCCUCUUAGCGCUGCGGCCCAACUACACAGUUCAGCCCAGUUUCAGCAACAGCUGAGGGGCCACUGCCCUCUGCCUUCUCGAAACUCUUGUCUAGUCCUCGAAACAGCCUCAGUGUCUCUGAGCUGAGAAGGUGAGGCCCCGAACUGGAGGGCGCAUCUGGGACUCAUGCCUCUGAGUGAGGCCUGCAUGCUUCCCACAGACAAAUUUGGGUCACGGCUUUUUCUCAGACCUUCCUCCUGACCCUGCCCGUGUUCGGUGGGCCCCCACUGCUGCCCUGCUUGCAGCCACCCUGGAGAAUGUGCAGAAACGCGUCUGACCCAUCCAUCCUUCCACUGGCUGUCAGAAGUAUGAGGUCGCAGUGCCUGGCCCGUCCUGUGUGG